AUGACGAGCGGUUGUUGGUUUGGGCGAAAGGCCGCGCUCGUGGUCGGCUCGGGCGAGGACGAUCAGGGGCGACGACGGUGCCGGGCGGCCAAGGCGGCUAGCACAGCGGUGGCUGGUGGCAGGGGGAGCUGGGUGGUGGUGGUGGUGGAAGCUGCGGCGGCCGGUACGGCGGCGUGCGGCGGCGACGGCAAGCUAGGAUGGAGGAAAAAGGGGAGCUCGGGGAAGGAGGAACACAGGGGAAAAGAGGGUCGGCGGCGGGGGCGGCAGGGCCGACGACGUCGCAGGCGGUGGAGCGGGGCAGGACAGCCGGCUGGGCAGCGCCGGGCCGUGACAGGCGCGGCGGCAGCCGGAAGCAACGAGCUCGAGCAACAACCGGACGCGAAGGGAAGGGAGAAAGAGAGAGAAGCGAUCGUCGGGGCGAGUUGGGGCGGCGGCGCGGCCGGCGGUGGUGGCGGACGGCGAGCGGCGACUGGACGGUGGUGCUCGGUGGCUGGGCGGCGAGCAAGAGGCGCGCACCGGAGGGGAAAGAGGGAGCUCGGCCAGAACGGGGGAGUCAGAGGUGACGGUGGCGACUGGCGAGUGACCGGCGAGCGACGGGCAGAAAGGACGGCGCGGCGGCGGUAG